AACACCAUCUCCAAGGGUCCCAGCUGGAUCCCCAGUCUCUAACUUCAAUCCUCCACCAACCGCGACAAUUCACCAAACUUUACUAUCCAAAAGCGCAACAUCGCACAGCCAUGCCACCUUCGUCAUCAAACACAGCCGCUGCGUCGCGAAGUGCGAGUAAACGACUUAUCAAAGAACUGGAGACAUGGAGCAGAGAACAGAAGGAAGAGAAGGGCAUUGAGCGCCUCGGACCCGUCAACGAAGGCGAUUUGAUGGAGUGGGAAGCUGUCAUCAAUGGACGGGGCAUUGGACAAGGUUACGAUGAAGGACGUUGGCUUGUCAACAUCUCCAUCCCAUCGACGUACCCUCUCGCGCCGCCAAAGAUGACCUUUGUUACACCUAUCGUGCACCCCAACAUUGCGCUGCAGAAUGGCGAGAUCUGCCUCGAUCUUCUCAAGGACGCCUGGACUCCGGCUUAUAGCGUUCUUGAAUGUGUGCGCGCCGUGCGCAUGCUACUUGGAUGCCCCGAGACGGAUAGCCCUCUGAAUGUUGACGUUGCGGCGCUACUGCGCUCGGGUGAUGUAUUGGGCACGCGAAAGCUCGUCGAGCUUUGGUGUCAAGACUCGGAUUCGAGAUACGAGGGACCAUGAUAUAUCAUUCAGGCCAUAUUUGAUACGGGAUAUGUAAGAGAUGGUGGUAGUUUGGGAUCAUGCUAUGGAGUUAUUGGGUUUAAUAUCGAUGGUCUUUUACGAGUUGUCGAUCGGAAUGGGAUGCGCAGGUUCUCUAACACGCAAGUAGCGAUAGCGAACAAUUUUCAGAAGUACAUAACAAACCGAGCAACGUCUUUUUGAAGCCUUCAACUUCAGCAAUUG